GUGCAUGGUACAUCUAGCUAGAGCUCAUGUAUGUAGUGUGAUGAGCGCUUCCGAAGAAACAAAGGCACUCUCUCCAUCAAGGAGCAAAAAGUUUCUUCCCUUCACUGCGCACUUGAACUGCAAAACUUAUUACAAUCAGGUACCAGAAAUAUUCUAGCUAUUGAUAUAGUUCUAGUAGAGAGACUGCACCAUGCCGGCCUAUUCCCGCACCCCUACGAUUUCCAAGGACGGCUUGUCGACGAUUGUGGAUGACGAACCAGAGGAUGGGUUUGACGAUGAGGGAAGUCUAUCGUUGGGUUCCUUGGACGGUGUCGACCAGAGUCUGACGCAAAAGUCGUCGUCGCAAUCCGAAGAGUACCGUUUGAACCUAGCCCGUGACGAGACGAAGCAAGUCUUUCGCUUGCGCUUGCUGGUGUUUUUGGUCUUGGCGUUGGCCGCGACGACCGUGUGUGUGUUGGUGUACCUCGUGACGCUCCAAUCGGAAGAAGAAGAGUAUCAGAAUCAGUUUGAAGGAGCCGCCGCCAAGUUGACAGACUCCUUUUUGGAUGUCGCCGGAUCUCGACUGGGCGUCAUGGCCAGCUUGGGGGUGUCUCUCACCACCAGCGUCAAUGACAAUGGUCAGCAAGAGUUCCCGUUCAUCACCAUGAGCAACUUUCAACAACGAGCACAACCCAUUCGCAGUCAAUCGGGCGCCGUCUACAUGCACUUCAAUCCAUUCAUCAUGGAAGGACAGAGAGUCGCGUGGGAACAGUUCCUUGUCGGACCAGAAGGAUCCAAGUGGUUAGACGAAGGUUUGGCGUACCAGGAUGAGAUUGGCCUCUUUGCGUAUGAGGAGGACCUUCAUGGCGGAGGAGACGUUUCCGAUGAUCCACAUGCAGGACAUGGAUCCACCGGCCACGAGGGACAGCAUGAAAUGGACGGCACUUCCAUGCAUGCUGGCGGUGGUGGCGGUGGCGAUGGAGAGCACAGUCAUCAUCAGCAGCACGCCGAAGAAAUGGAAGACACUACUAGCGCGGCGACAACAGUUACUGAAGAUAGCAUGAAUCACACGGGGGCUUCUUCUGGCCAUGAUCAUCAGAACAUGGACCAAACGGUUGCUCCAACCACACAACAUCAUCACAACGACGGCUCGGGUAUGAGCAUGGCAACCGCCUCUCCACAAGAUCAUACUCACACGGAACACCACGACAACAACAUGGUCAGCACAACUGCCCCAAGCCAGGAAGAAACCGAAGAAACCCAACCGCAGCAUUCCAUGACGCAAGAACCGUCCUCCAUGGGCCAUCAUGAUCAUGACAUGCCGCCGUCAAGUGGCAUGACGAGUAGUGGGCACGCAACAACAACUGCGCCUUCUGCUAUUGGCGAUGGAAUGCAUGAAGAUCACACGAUGGUGAUGACGCAAGAGCCAACCACGAUGGAUUACAUGGCGACAAUGAACAACGGAACAACCCAUCAUGCCAUGGGAAUGAAUGCCACAAUGAGUGGCUCCAUGUCGUCGCCAACAUCCUCCUCCAUGAAUUACCCUGACGAAGCCAUGCAGCACAACGGCACAACCCAUCAUGCUAUGGCAAUGAAUGGAAACAUGUCCUCGCCAACAACGUCCUCCAUGAAUCAGACAACCAUGCAACACAAUCAUCGUUCACUCGAAAGCAUGGACGCUCAUGCCGGGCACGACACCGAAGAUCCCCACGCAGGCCAUCAAACAAACGAACCCAAUGCAGGGCAAGACAACGAAAAUUCUCAGGCAGACUUGCACCACGACCACGACGUUUACCUGGCCUUGAUCAGCGAGGAAUCAUGGUCCAUCUGGUACCACAACGACAAAAAAGAACUCGUCUAUGAUGAAGGUCCAGGUCCAUACAUGCCAACAUACCUCUCGAGCCCCAUCUUUUACAAGGGACACGAAACCAAUGAAAACAUCCUCCAAUCAUAUGGUCCAACUGGUAGCUACAAGGCAUUCUCCACCGAGUCAGUUGUAAUGAGUCAAUUCCUCAACGCUCCCGCUGGAAACAAGUCCUCGGUGGACCCAAAAACUGCCUUGUACGCGAGACUCCUGAGUGCCAAUAAGCAAGCAGUUGUUGCAUACGAGGGAGACCCCUUUAGCCAAGUGUUCAUCCCGGUCUUUGAUUCUCUAGAGCACAACAAGACAACUGUGGGCGUACUCGUCGCUUGGGUUCACUGGAUGAGCUUUUGGUCCAAUCUUCUACCAUCCAGUUUGCAAAGUAUCAUCGUCGUUAUGAGUGAUUCUUGCCAGAAUGAAUACACCUACGCAAUCACCGGGACCGAAGUUUCGCCACUGGGAGAAGGUGACUUGCACGACCCUCGCUUUGACGACAUGAAGAGGUUUGCAUCUUUCGAAGCCAUCGACAGCAUCCAGGAUGGGACCAAGGACGGUCUUCCAUUCAACAAGGAUGAGUGCUCCAUCAGCAUUGAAGUGUAUCCAUCACAUGAGUUUUAUGACACGUACAAUACCAGUGCUCCUGUACUCUUCACUUGUUGCAUUUUGGGUAUCUUUUUAUUUACUGCCAUUAUGUUUGUCCUCUAUGAUCGGCUUGUUGAGAGACGUCAGGAGAUUGUCAUGAGAAAAGCAACCCAAACAGACAAGAUUGUCGCUUCGCUCUUCCCUGAGAAUGUAAGGGAUAGGCUUCUCCAAGACACCAAAAGCGACGUGGGCAACCGCAGCUCGAGGUUUCUUGCUCCCAGCAAGCGCGUGAAGGGUUUCCUUUCUGGGUCCGAAGAUGACGAAAUUGAUGAUUCUCCCAUAGCUGAUCUCUUUCCAUAUUGCACAGUCCUGUUCGCCGAUAUUGCUGGCUUCACGGCUUGGAGUUCGACCCGUGAUCCUUCGCAAGUGUUCAUCUUGCUUCAGACUGUAUAUCAGGCAUUCGAUCGAGUGGCAAAGAGGAGAAAAGUCUUCAAGGUUGAAACAAUCGGUGAUUGCUAUGUAGCCGUCACCGGCUUGCCUGAGCCCCAGACAAACCACGCAAUCAUCAUGAGUCGUUUUGCUGCCGAGUGCAAUAUCAAGAUGAGGGACUUGACUCAUCGCCUUGAAAACACGUUGGGACCUGACACCGCGGAGUUGGCAAUGCGGUUUGGAAUGCAUUCAGGGCCUGUGACAGCUGGAGUGCUGCGAGGUGAUCGUGCUAGGUUCCAGCUGUUUGGAGAUACUGUCAAUACUGCAGCUCGCAUGGAGAGCACUGGAAUCAAGGGGCGCAUCCAUUGUUCUAAGUCCACGCAUGAUCUACUUGUGCAAGCUGGAAGAGAGGCCUGGGUUCGGCCCCGUUCCGAUGUCGUGCAAGCCAAGGGGAAGGGAGUUAUUACGACAUUCUGGGUACAUGCACAUGCGCAACAAGGCGGAGGUAGCAGCAUUGGAGCGUCAAGCAGAAGUCUUACACUUAGCAAGUCAUCUCAUCAUCAGCCUGCCUCAGGCUCAUUCAGCGUACACUCGAGCAGGACGCGUUCAGAGAAAAAGGACCGCCUAAUAAAUUGGAUGGUGGAAGUCUUUCGCGAGCAUAUCAACAAGCUGCUUGCAAUGAGGGGAAGUAAGUCAAGCUCUCCCAUCGAAUAUGUUCCAAGCGAGGGGAAGACCAGCUUGGACGAAGUGGCGGAGGUGAUUUACUUGCCCCGUUUCAACGAUUACGCGUUCGAUGCAAGCUUUCAGCAGUCUUCGCGAAUAGACCAAAGGGCAGCUGAACAACUUCAUCAAUAUGUUUCAACGAUCGCCUCAAAUUAUCAUGACAAUCCCUUCCACAAUUUCGAACAUGCCUGUCACGUCACCAUGGCCUGCAACAAGUUUUUGCAAAGAAUCGUUCGGCCAGACAUUGCUGUGAACGAUGGACAAGGCACCGAUAUCGCCAACAAGCUCCACGAAUACACACACGGAAUAAAUUCCGAUCCCCUCGCUUUGUUGGCCAUUUUGUUCAGUGCACUGAUUCAUGACGCGGAUCAUCAAGGAAUUUCUAAUCUACAACUGGCAACGGAGAACCAAGCGCUCGCAGAGCGCUACCGCAACAAGAGCAUCGCAGAACAGAACUCUCUGGAUCUUGCAUGGGAUCUCCUUAUGCAAGAUAGGUUCAUUGACUUACGGAACACACUUUUUACAACAAAAGCUGAACUGAAGCGCUUUCGACAGGUGCUAGUCAAUGUUGUGCUUGCUACUGAUAUCUUCGACAAGGAACUCAAUGGACUGCGAAAGGCACGUUGGGAGAAGGCAUUCUCCAGUGAUACAGUUUCAGAAGAAGAGAACAAUAAUCUCCGUGCAACAAUUGUCAUUGAGCACAUCAUCCAGGCCUCGGAUGUGUCACACACAAUGCAACAUUGGCAUGUCUAUCGUAAGUGGAACAGACGCCUCUUUCAGGAGCUCUACAAGGCCUUCUGUGAGGGUCGCAUGUCCAAGGAUCCCAGUACUUUCUGGUACAAUGGGGAGAUUGGCUUCUUUGAUAACUACGUGAUCCCACUGGCAAAAAAGCUCAAGGAUUGCCAAGUGUUUGGUGUGUCCAGUGAUGAAUGCCUCAACUAUGCUCUCCAAAACAGAAACGAGUGGGAAAAUCGUGGCGAGCAAAUCAUGGAGGAAAUGGUGUCAGAAAUCAAGCAAGAAGUUGAGGCUUCACGUAACGACGCUCAGGCCAGCUUGAACGGAGCUGUUCUGAAGCAAGAACAAACCGCUGCAAACGCACCUGUGAAGACCAAACAAACAGUAAGCAGCAAAACAGGCGUCUCUCCUGAAGGCCAGAGUCAGCAAAAACCGGGAUCAUUCCGACCCAUGUCUGCAGCUCAUCCUGCGCCUUCACUUGCUCCAACAAAGGUAUCUCUUAUUUCCCAAACUUCUGAAAGUGGUGCAUGCACCCCUGGAGCUCUGCCUCCUCCUCCUUCCACAUCUGUGACUCAGAAUGCUAUUGACUGCUAAAUAGACUCCAGGUUCCGUACAAAUCUACACUGUAGCUGUACUAGUAGGGUAUGGGAUGAGGCGCCUUCAGCUUGAUUGACUUCAUUUCAUUAGAUGCGGAUGUCUGCCAGUAAGACAUGAGAAGAACAUCUUUCUGCUGAAAUGAUUUGAAGAGCAGGGGCGGAAAUCAGACAGAAGGAGAACUCUUACUGCAACCAAGUCAACUCCGUCAACUCCUGGCGCUGCGUUUUGCUAGCCAAUGAAAUCAAUCGAAAAAGAAGGAAGAGGUCUUCCUUGAGAUGUUGGAGGAGACGCAUCCUCUUGUGCUGCUAGGCACUCCUUGUGGGAUGGGUUAAUUUCCCUUACUCCUUGUGGCACUCCUUGUGCAUUAGUUGGCAAUCCCAUCAGACUUAUUUUGCGACACCUUCCUGCACGGUAUCAUGUUGGAUGCAGUUCCUAACUAGUUGCUGGAUUGAGAUCUACACCUCUGAAUGUUGAAGUGGCUGAUUGAUUGGCUACUAAAUUAGAAUUUGACAGCAGCAAGGCCUACAGCAGCACCGCCAAGAUCCGAGAAAGCGGGGAUGGUGCCCUGUUCAACCUUGAGGGUGGGUUCUAGGCCUCCAUACUCCCCUACCUUUUGCAAUGAACCAUCUGCAUCUUGAAUCGCGUAAGCUCCGAUUGUACCAGAGCCGGGGAAAAGCUGGUACAAAAAGUUUCCGGAAAUCAGCAUCUCCAAGGGGAAACUAUCAGCUGCCUCGGAAACAGCGGCGGCCGACUCCAACAACGUCAUGGAACCAUCCGUACCAUCAAUACUGUAGCUGGUAAUGCUGUCGCCAAAAAAAUUAGCUCCAUAGGCAUAGC